AUGGCGUACAUUCAAACUAUCAUUUAUAUCGUUGGUCUCUUGACGCUCAGUCUUGCCGGUCUUAAAGCAGUGAACUGGAUUUCCAUCUACACCCUUCCUUCGAGACUCCGCAUCUAUGCCCACAUCUCUCCGAACGGCGAUGCGCCCUGGGCCCUUGUGACGGGUGCUUCGGACGGCAUUGGCCGCGCUUUUGCAUCUGAAUUGGCGACACAAGGGUUCAAUGUCGUACUUCAUGGACGAAACCAUGCUAAACUUACGGUCGUUGCGUCUGACUUCCGAAAAAGAUACCCCGCAAGGUCUUUCCGCAUACUGGUGGCAGACGCGAGUGCCGUGCCAGGUGUAAACUACAAUGGGGUUGAGCGGCCACUUCAACCCGUCGAUUCAUCACAGGCUCCCCCGGAUUUUGCAUCAAUACAAGCGGAACUUCGUGAUUUACAUCUUACUGUAGUCAUCAACAAUGCGGGAGGUGGUCCCACCAACCCGGUCUUCUCGCCUCUCGUCGACUGCUCAACGGACAGGAUCGCCAGCAACGUCAGCCUGAAUGCGCUCUUCCCACUUCAUCUUACAAGAGUGCUUCUCCCGGUUCUCCGCCAGAACGCGCCGGCCCUGGUGAUGAACAUUAGCUCCAUGGCAGACGAGGGAUUCCCUCUACUAGCGUCUUACAGCGCUAGCAAGCAGUUCCUCAUGACUAUGACACGUGCCGUGGGUCUUGAGCUGAAACUUGACGAUGAUAGUAGCAAUGUGGAGUUGCUAGGUGUCCGGAUAGGUCGAGUUACGAAUGUUUCGCACUUGAAGGAGGCUCCGUCGCUAUUUACGCCCGAUUCUCAGACUAUGGCCCGAGCCGCCCUGGCACGAACCGGUCGUGGGCAUGGGAUAGUUGUUGGAUAUUGGGGCCAUGCGCUGCAGCAAGCCAGCUCUAGCUUCUUACCGAGGUGGGCUAAAGACCAAGUCAUGAUGGCUAUAAUGCGUGAGCAAAGAGCUGGAGAGUUGAGAAAACAGUGA